AGUAAAAGAUUGCAAGAAUCAAGACCGAACCAACGGAUAGCAGGUAGCUGGUAUGACAUAUAAAUUAAUACAGGAGCUUCAUUGAGUAUUUUGAAGAUUAAUUAUUGCAGAUUUACAAUCAUUGACUCGUGUUUCAGGAUACAAAAAAUUCUUUGAAGAACCUUUUGAUACUUCAUCGGUCUGGUUGAAAAAUCAAAAACAAAGAUGGAGGAAUGGGAACUGGCAUUUUUACCCGACGAAAGAAUGCUAAAGUUAAUCGACAAUUGUGUAGCAUUGAAGAUGGAACCUGAGUUGGUGAACAGAGCAUUUGUGUACACGACAGAAGAGCGUGAGUACUCCCAGAUCUGGACCAAGGAAGAUGUCCAUGACAACGAGCCUAUUUAUUACUACUACAGAAUCCAAAUCCUUAAAUUGCGCAAGGAUUGCCGCGAGGAAGAAAGUAGUUUUUAUUUCGUACAGAAUUGGGGAGCUUUCGAUACCAUAAAUCAUCGGAAGCGCUCUGAAUCCUUACCACUCAAGCAAUGUCAACGAAAAUUUAUGAUACAGUCCGUUGAGCGAAGCAGAAAUUAUGUUUUUGCUAGAAUAAAAGAAAAUAACAUAAGCAAAAAACCUCUGCCGGUGUCUACUCAAAACUUGAUAAUCAACUACAUUUUUGAGAUAAAUUUUUUGAAAAAAAUGAUAGAUGAGUACACAUUUGAUAUCAAGAACACAAUAUCCGAGUUUUUGGAAAUUAAUCAGAAUAUUAAAAGCGCACAGAACUCGCUGUCAGGGUAUUUAGAAAAAUCAAAAUCCAUAGCUGACCUCACUCAAAAACUUGGGAUAAUUCGUGUUUUGUUGCAGAAACAAAUAGCUGUGAACAGCCAGAUCUUCUGUCUGAUGAAUUUCUAUUACAAGCAAUUACACACGACGAUUGAGCCGCUUGACAAAAACAUCGAGCGUUACAAAACUAUAGAGAAGUAUUUUUACAAUACCCAAUCUUCGGUUCAUACUUUUAAAAUCAAGAUGGUGGACUUGUUUGUGAUAGACAGACCUUGUGACAGUCAAAGAUACACUCAAGAUUUGGAAAACAAGCAGCUGCUUUGGCACGGAACCAGUCCAACCAAUGUUCCAUAUAUUUUGUAUGAAGGAUUUAGAACAACAAAAGCCAAUUCCACUGGCAUGUUUGGCUCCGGGAUUUACUUUGCCAAUUCAGUGACCAAGUCUGUUCUGUAUUGCAAAACUCGGAUCCAUGGCGUUCUUUUGCUCUGUGAAGUCGCGCUGGGUAAUACCGAGGUGUUGUAUAAUUCUAAAAAUUUUAAAAACGACCUGGAUCUCUCUCCUGGUAAAAAUUCUGUCCACGGAAUAGGAAUAAACAGACCGAAUCCAUCGGAAACGGUGAUGAUCGAUGAAAAUGUCUUGGUACCUUUCGGUCAGCUAUGUAAAAAUCAAGGGUCUACUGCUAUAUUGCAACACGAUGAGUUCAUUGUAUAUAAUCCCUCUCAGAUUAAAAUGCGAUACCUCGUUACUUUCAGUUUUGUAUAGUAGAAAUUUUAUGCC